AUGUCAACCACAUCAUCACCACCACCACUACUAUCAAGAACGAAAACAGGCAAAACAACAACUAUAACGACAUCGACAUCGAUACUGCCACUACCAACAACAACCAAAACAAAAACUAUAUCACUAUCAAAAACAACUAAAAGAAAAGCGACACAACCACUAAAAACAAGUACAACAACGACCAAAAUCACACCACCACCAAAAACAACAACUACGACAACCACACCAUUACCAACAACAACUACAACAACGACCACAGCACUACCAACAACAACUACAACAAAAACCACACUACUACCAACAACAACUACAACAGCAACCACACCUCUACCAACAACGACCGCAUCAAAACCCAUAUCAUCAACAAAAACCACACCAACACCAAAAACAACUACAACAACAACUACACCACUACCAAAAUCAACCAAAACAAAAACCACACCACCAGCAACUACAACAAUAACCACACCACUACUAACAACGACCACAACAAAAACCAUAUCACCAACAACAACUACACCACUACCGCUAACAAAAAUAACUAAAACAAUCAUAACAACAGCAACAAAAGCUACAGUCAACAUAACAAUCAUAACAACAACAAUACCAAUCGAACAGACUACGACAACAUCAACAACAACUAUAAUCUCAACAACAACACCACCAACAUCAAUAACAACGUCAACAACAACAUCAACAACAUCAACGUCAGCAACAACGACAAUCAAAGAAUUAAAAUUCAAGAAAUGGAAACAAGAUGCCAUUACUGUAGCUGGUGGAAAUGAAAAAGGACAAGAAUUAAAUCAACUCGAUGACCCUGAAGGAAUCUUUAUUGAUAAAAACAAAAAUAUUUUCAUUGCUGAUUCUGGAAAUCAUCGUAUUGUUGAAUGGAAAUAUAAUGCAACGAAAGGACAAAUCAUGGCAGGUGGAAAUAAACAAGGAAAUCGAAUGGAUCAAUUGAAUAAUCCAACAGAUGUGAUUGUUGAUCAACAAAGUCAUUCGAUCAUCAUUGCUGAUCAUGGUAACAGAAGAGUGAUUCAAUGGUUAAAUCAAACUCAACAAAUUCUCAUUAACAAUAUUGGCUGCUAUGGCUUGGCAAUAGAUAAACAUGGAUUUCUUUAUGUUUCUGAUUACAUGGAGAAUGAAGUGAGACGGUGGAAAAUGGGUGAAUACAACGAAGGAAUUAUAGUAGCAGGCGGAAACAGAGAUGGAGAUCAACUUAACCAAUUCAAUUCUCCUACUUUCAUCUUUGUUGAUGAAGAUCAAUCUGUUUAUGUAGUAGAUUGGAUGAAUCAUCGUGUAAUGAAAUGGAGAAAAGAUGCUAAAGAAGGAACAAUUGUGGCUGGAGGAAAUGAUCAAGGAGAAAAUCUCAAUCAAUUGCAGUUACCUCAAGGAGUAGUUGUUGAUGAUUUGGGUCAAAUCUAUGUGGCAGAUAGCGGGAAUAAUCGAAUCAUGGGUUGGUGUGAAGGAAAAGAAGAAGGCGAAAUUGUUGUUGGUGAAAACGGUGGAGGGAGUCAAUCAAAUCAAUUGUACGGUCCCAGUGGUUUAUCUUUUGAUGAUGAAGGAAAUCUUUAUGUUGCCGAUUAUUAUAAUCAUCGAAUUCAAAAAUUAGAAAUAAUUUUGUGA